AUGUCGCUGCUGGACGAGGCUACGCGCAUUGCGCGCGAGUUCGACUACCCCGCCGAACAGGUUCAGCGCGGCGUCGCCGAAUACAUUCGCCAGUCCAACGAGGGUCUGGCCAAGGAGAACACCACUCUGAGUCAGAUCCCGACCUUCGUCACAGCCGUGCCCAAUGGUACCGAAAAGGGCCUCUACCUCGCCGUGGAUCUCGGCGGCACCAACUUCCGUGUCUGCUCAGUUCAACUGCAUGGUGAUACCACCUUCUCCCUCACCCAGUCCAAGAUCAUGAUCCCCCGGGAGCUCAUGGCCUCUGGAACCUCUAAGGACCUCUUCCUCUUCCUCGCCCGCCAGAUCGAGGCUUUCCUGCGUAUCCACCACAACGAGCACUUCGAGGCUCACCUGCGUCGCCGCCGAGAUGGCAACCGCGAGGAGGACCUGUUUGACCUGGGCUUCACCUUCAGUUUCCCCGUGCGCCAGAUCGGUAUCAACUCUGGAACCUUGAUCCGUUGGACCAAGGGCUUCAACAUCCCCGAUGCCGUCGGUCACGAUGUCUGUGCUCUGCUGCAGUCCGCCAUUGACGACCUCGAGCUUCCCGUCCGCGUUGCGGCGCUCGUGAACGAUACCGUCGGUACCCUCAUGGCUCGCUCCUACACCUCUCCCGGCGAAACCGGCACUUUCCUGGGUGCCAUCUUCGGAACCGGCACCAACGGCGCUUACGUCGAGAAGAUCGAUAAGAUCACCAAGCUCCAGCACAUGAAGGAUGUCCACUAUGACAAGUCCACUGGAGAGAUGAUCAUCAACGCCGAAUGGGGCAGCUUCGACAACCACCUCAGCGUGCUGCCCUCCACCGUCUACGACCGCGAUCUCGAUGCCGAGAGCAACAACCCCGGCAUUCAGAUGUUUGAGAAGCGCGUCUCUGGUAUGUUCUUGGGUGAGAUCCUGCGCCGUGCACUGCUGGCCAUGCACAACAAUCCAAUGCUGGGUCUUUUCAAGCCCAACCAGACCUCCAAGGUGUCUCUCCCCUCCGACUCGCUCUUCUACCGCCAGUGGGGUCUGGAUACCAGCCUGCUGAGCCAGGUCGAGGCCGACACCACCAAGGAUUAUGUCGACGUCAAGGCCGCGCUCAAGAACCACCUGAAGAUCGAGAACCCCAGCAACGACGAGUGUGAGGCCGUCAAGAUCCUCGUCCACGCCAUUGGCAAGCGUGCGGCCCGACUGAGCGCCGUCCCCCUUGCCGCCAUCCUCAUUGACAACAACAAGCUGGCCACCGAUGACGUUGUCGACAUUGGUGUCGACGGCAGUCUGGUGGAGUUCUACCCCAACUUCGAGGGCUAUGUCCGGGAUGCGCUGCGCGAGGUGCCCGAGGUCGGCCCCGCCGGCGAGAAGAAGGUUCGCAUUGGCAUCUCCAAGGAUGGCAGUGGUGUCGGUGCGGCCCUGAUCGCCCUGGUCGCCAGCAAGGACGAGACCCUGCGGAACCCGCACGAGAAAUGA